UCCCAGUACAUGGUUACUUGCUAUUCACAUGGUAUCACCGUGGCUGUGGAAUGGAAAGCCUCUAUAUUUGAAGCAAUUUUCUAUGAUAUGCUAGUUUGAGAACAGAUCUGGCCAACCUUAAUAAGGAUAUGCAGUAUACUUAGAUUAAGUAUAAGCGAAGAGAUUUGAUUUGGUCCUUCUCCUCUGCUGGAAAUUCUGCUGGUUUCUGAGGGCAGGAAUGCUCAGGAAGGGAAAGACAAGGACUUGCAAGAGGUUUUUCCCCUAUCUGCAGUCACCCCCUACCCUUUACCCCAGAUAGGAGAGUUAUCUAUGCUAACACGAAGUUGUGAGAGCCUGGAAGUGAGCAUCCUCUGGCCUGAACCUCUCCCACACCCUCAUCUUGACACAGAUGUUGCUCCAGAUUGCACAACUCCAGUGUAUCUCUGAGAUCAAGACUGAGAUGAAACACCAUGUGGGCAGGUGGUAUUUGUGUUGAAUCCUGAUAGAGGCUUCUCAGCUGUGUUUCUGCCUCUGCUGCAUUUUUCAUGUCCAUUUAAACUGAUGUAUAGCUGCUGGGCUGUCAGCUGAGACAUACCAGCAAUGCCUACAGCAGGACAUGCAAGUGGAGUAAGUGUAACAGCAGACACAUGGUGUUCUUCCUGGAGGAGGAAAGGGUCCACAUGGACAGCCAUGGUACAGGUCCACCGAGUUUUCAGGCUCGGCAGGGUGGAAGAGCCAGGCUUGAGUGACAGUUGCUAUGUGACUGUGCCCUCUGGUUUUCUUCUCCGAGUCACUUGUUGUGGAGUUGCUGUCUAAAUGGGUCCAGUCAUGCCUCCCAGUAAGAAGCCAGAGGGCUCAGGAAUUAGUGUUCCCAGUGGAUUGAGCCAACGUUACCAAGAUAGUGAUUUAUCCAAGGCACUUCAUGAUGACGAAGACCUAGAUUUCUCUUUGCCUGCCAUCAGAUUAGAUAAAGGGGCCAUGGAAGAUGAAGAACUAACUAAUUUGAACUGGUUGCACGAGAGCAAGAACUUGCUGAAAAGCUUUGGGGACUCGGUGUUAAGGAGCGUUAGCCCCGUUCAGGACAUUGGUGAUGACACGCCGCCAUCUCCUGCCCAUUCUGACAUGCCCUAUGAUGCCAAGCAGAACCCCAACUGCAAACCUCCUUACUCCUUUAGCUGCCUCAUAUUUAUGGCCAUUGAGGACUCGCCAACCAAAAGACUGCCCGUAAAGGAUAUAUACAACUGGAUCUUGGAACACUUUCCAUAUUUUGCAAAUGCACCCACUGGAUGGAAAAAUUCUGUGAGACAUAAUCUAUCCUUGAAUAAGUGUUUUAAGAAAGUGGACAAAGACAGAAGUCAGAGUAUUGGAAAGGGGUCCUUGUGGUGUAUAGACCCAGAAUAUAGACAAAAUCUUAUUCAGGCUUUGAAAAAGACACCCUAUCACCCAUAUUCGCAUGUGUUCAGUACACCUCCCACAUCUCAGGCUUAUCAAAGCACAUCAGGUCCGCCCAUUUGGCCAGGAAGCACCUUUUUCAAGAGAAAUGGAGCCCUUCUACAAGAUCCUGACAUUGAUGCUGCCACUGCCAUGAUGCUUUUGAAUACUCCCCCUGAGAUACAAGCAGGUUUUCCUCCAGGAGUGAUACAAAAUGGAGCUCGAGUUCUGAGUAGAGGACUAUUUCCUGGAGCCAGGCCAUUGCAAAUCAACCCCAUUGGAAGUAUGGCUGUUGCAGUAAGAACUGGUUGGAAAUCUCUCAAAAUGAAUGGAAUAACCAACUGCCGGAUGCGGACAGAAAGCGAACAGUCCUGUGGCUCUCCAGUUGUUAGCGGUGACCCAAAGGAGGAUCACAACUACAGCAGUGCCAAAUCUUCCAACCACAGGAGCACAUCACCUGCAAGUGACUCCAUUUCCUCUUCCUCUGCUGAUGACCAGUAUGAAUUUGCAACUAAAGGUAGCCAGGACAGCAGUGAAAGAAGUGAAGUUAGCUUCCAGAGCCACGAGAGCCAUAGUGAAACAGAAGAGGAGGACAAAAAGCAACAUCGGAAGGAGACCAAGGAUUCUUUAGCUGACAGUGGGUAUGCUUCCCAGCACAAGAAAAGGCAACAUUUAAUGAAGGUGAAAAAAGUACCAAGUGACACACUGCCUCUUAAAAAGAGACGUACAGAAAAGCCCCCUGAGAGUGACGAUGAGGAGAUGAAAGAAGCUGCAGGAUCACUCCUGCAUUUGGCAGGAAUUCGGUCCUGUUUGAACAACAUCACCAAUCGGACGGCAAAGGGGCAGAAAGAGCAAAAGGAAACCACAAAAAAUUAGAACAAAUAAAUGAUUUGUUUGAACUUACAAAGUUUUGUUUCAUCACGUCAGGUGAAUUCUAAUGAUUUGUGGCAAUAUCAGCAAUUUUUUCCUUUUUUGUUUUUCUGUUUGUUUUUGGUUUGUUUUUUUUUUCUUUUUGUUUCUUUUUUUUUGACCCUUAAGAUUUUUAUUUUUAAAGGAGAUUGAAGCCAUAGAACUCAUACUGACACUCAGCUUAUUUACAAAAGCUUUUCAUUACCUGAAGACAAAAAGUUAACAAAUAACAAAAGCCAGAAUCACCAUUGCUUUCUCCGGCUUGUCAAAAAUGCAUGGUUGAAUACGCAGUGACAUCAACAGUAAUGUGAUGGGAGUAAAACUGGGCACUUGGAAAUCCCUCUUACACUAGAAGAGCUGUGCAUAAUUUAGUAAUCUUUCAGGCCUGGCCCUUAAGAAUUGUUUUUAAUGGCCUUACAAUUGGGUUAGAAGUGAAUGUGAAUAAAGAGAUUUGGGGGAAGGAGGAGGCAUGUACUUCUCAACACCAAGAACAGCAGCACUUGGAUACGUUGUGCCAUAGAAGUCUUUGGAUGGCCACUGGUGGCAACUACGCAAACCGUAAUGCACUUUUAGUGCUUCUCAUACUAUACGUGGCUCAUAAUGUAACGACUGAUAACUUCAAGUUUGGGGGAAAUAUGAACUAUGUAUGCAAUGGGUUUCAGUGAAAUAACGAAGAAAGAGGAGGGGAGGUCACUGUUAGUAGCAUCGUUAAUCAUUGAGUUCUGUCUUCUAUAUUAAAUUACAAGAAUGUUCAAAAAGCCAUAAGCCUGAAGAUUGGCACUGUGUGCAAAAAAUAAUAGUAAUAGGGAAAAACAAGCUAUGUCUUCUAAACUGCCUGAGUAAAAAGCAAUCGACUCUGAGAAAUUACAGUAGAUAUUAAGGGAAAGAAAUACAUCAGAAUCUGUUUCUGUGGAUCAAAUCCUUGAUCUAACUGGGGAAACAAAGCUACAAAACCUGCCAUUAGUAGUAUUCUGUAUGUAAAAAUAAGAGGAAAGCAUAUUGGUGAACAGUAAAACUCAGAAGUUCAACAAAAGAUCUCCUACACUGCCCUCUGAAAUGAGAGCGCAGUUACCGUCAGUCAGGAUUCAUCUGUGCAAAAGUGACAGCAAAAGUUUCCAGAUCAACCAGCGUAGCCAGCAGAAGAAAUUUGAUCCACAUUGCAUGGAUUCCUUUUGGGAGGGGGGGAAUACAAAAAGCAAACGAUUUUUUUAAUUCAAAGAUGACAAAGUUCUUGUAAGGUAAAUAAUGUAUUUAGCAUGAAGCAUGAAUUAUUUUCAUAUAAAUAUAGAAAUUAGAGAAAAAGGCUAUGCCUCUAAUUUUUAAGCCCUUAGGCUUAGAGUUGUUUUUUUGGGGUUUUAUUUUUUUUUUAUUUGUUUGUUUUGUUUUUGUUUUGGUUCUUUCUUUUUUUGUUGUUGUUGGGUUGUUUUGUUGGGUUUUUUUUGAAGCAGGUGUUUAAGGUUUAACCUUCUUCAGGGACAAACACUGACUGUUGGGGAACUUACUCUGCAAUAUUAAAAUCUUCAUGCUCUGGUAGGGCUUGGAUGGUUGAAUUAAACUGCCUUGUCUGCACAUUCAGCCCUGCCCCCUACUUCUGUUUAACAAAAAAAAAAAAAACAAAAACAAAAAAAAAACAAGUAAACUGUGUCCUUUCUUCGUCUGUACAUGUGUAACAUGACGCAAUAAUCUGAGGGCAAAUUUAGUAGUGAGUGUGUAUGACAGAAUCAAGAGAAUAAUGGAGGUUAAUUGAGGAAAACUCUCUGAUUUGAUUCAGGAAUAAAUAGACAAGAAAAUAGCUUUGCUAAUUUGCCAUGAGAAAAUGAAGUUAGGAAAGAGCCUUACUGAGGUGUCCAGAGAAUAACCAGUGUUACAGAGUGUGAUUCAGGUAUAGUGCUAUUCUCCUGGUGAUGACAGCUCCUGGAGAUCCCUACAGCAGAGGGAAACUGUGAAAUAAAUAAGAUAGUCUCUCUCACCCAGAUUCAUGAAUUUGGCAUGAUAAAUUCUACACGUAGAAUAUACUAGAGGCAAGAAGAAAAUCCCAGGAACCAAACACUUGACAGAACAAAAUGGUCUGUUUCUUAAAAAGACUGCAGGUUUAUAUUUAUCCUUAACAGCUGUUUUCAGGCAGCAGUUUCACCAGGAUGGAUCUAGUUUAUGGAGAGUGAUUUAAAGAAGUGUUUGACUUCCCACUUAGGGGAGUGAGCUAAAAAUUGCUUUUGGAGAUGCCUGUGGUGUGUGUUCAGUUAGGGGUGGAAGGACUGAAGGGCAGGCUGGCUGGACCUGUUCCGGUGCUCUGCAAGCAUUUUGCCAUGUAACAAACAGGGCCACACUAAAGGCAUCACAGCAAAAUGGUGCUUCUCUUCCAUUUCACCCAGAUCCUGGGAUCUUCAGGAGCUGCCUGACAGCUGCUGGAGCCCAGCACAACUGCCAACUAUGCAGAUAAGGAAGGAGAGAGACAGUGAUAGUGCAAGGAACAGCUCUCCGCCUCCCUCAGCUGAUUCCCAGUGGGGUUGGUUCCCAGCUUUGGUUAAGUCAGGGGUACAUCGAUACUAACUUUCGUUGGCUGCCUGCAGCCCUUAGAAGAAAGGGCUUGGAAAACGGGAAGGACCAGUCCCUUGGCCAGCUAGCACGGAGGUGAAUGAGCCAUAGCUUUCCUUAUAUGUGAUUGGACUGGGGUAAUUGGCUUCUGCCCCAAUUCACGCUCCUUACAGCCAGAGUCCGCAGGUAGUGAACCACACCGCCACUGCACAAGAAAACUGGUUCCUUCUGCGUUAUAUGGACUUUGGGGAGAGUAAUUUGAAAUACAACAUACUACAGUAUCAGUUUGCCACUACCUUUGCUCAUUAGUGCACAGUUGUACCAGCUCAGGGGUGGUUUAAUACUUACCCAAAAGCAGUGUUGAAAAGCCAGAUUUAGUGGCAGGAAAUACACUCAAACCAUGGCUCAGCCAUCUCUGUCCUCCAGAGAAAGCGAUGUGGUUGUGUGCUGGUGGCCGGAUUCUGUCCACAGUCACGACACUAGUUCCAGAGCAGCUCCACUGAUUGCAGUGUGUCAGUGCAAAUGAGAUCCGUGUCUGCUGAUCAAGUAACAUUCAUUAAUGUGGACUCUUGGUGAUGAAGUAUAUAAUUACCACUAGUAUUACUCACCUUAGAAAACAGUCAUUUUGCAUAGAUAUCUAAUUAGGCAGGUUAUCUCUAUAUACGUACAUAUAAUCUAAGACUUCAAAAACUCCUUUAUAUACUUGCUGCUAAACCUAAAAUGUUGGCAGGCAUCUAUUUUCAUGUAAAAUUUGUGGCUCCUAGUCUGAUCUGCUGAAGAGGUGUUAGUAGGAGUUUACAAAGUUACAUUCUGAAACCAGUAGUUUGGCUGGGGACUAAUGCCAUCAGCAGAUUAUUUCUUGCGUUUAAAAACAACUGGCACUUAUUGACCCUUACUCUGACUGUUGGUGAGAAGUACAGAAUUUGGGUUUGUAUAAAGUACUUAGGAGUCACCUUUUAACCCGUUAUUGUGCCUGGCUGACAAUGGCAGCUUUGUCAGAACAGUCAGGCAAGUUCUCUCCUAUUAUAACAAUUGAGACUGAUCUGUUUUCCAAAAUAUACUAUGUCAGCUUUUCAAUUCAGUUGUCUCUACUUUGACUGAAUCAUGCCAAAAGGGAGUGGUAAUUGCACUGUAUUACUAACUUGCCAGACAUGAGGUGGUUUGGGUUUGCUUGUUUGCUUUCCUUACUAAGCCAUUUUAGGGUGAGAAGUUGUCAGAUCUAACUUUCCAUUUUCCUCACUCUAUCAGUAUUGCCAAAUUAGCAUUUCUGCAAGACAGGUGGGGCCUGGGGAAUCCCAGUAUGUCAGCAAGCAUUCAGUGGUGAGUUUCAGGGAGGCGUGAAUUGUAGGGGUCGCUGGACUUCAUGGUGGGUUCCUUUGGAAUAUGCCUUUUGCAGCAAGAGGCUCUUGCAGGCCAGAGCUAAUAUCACAAGCAGAUUUCACCAGUGUCUGCAGGGAGGUGAAAUCUGCUGGUUGUGCUUAAUGUUCUGCAAGGAAUUGGAUGUCCUACUGCAUUUUGAUGCAGAUCCUGCCUGCAUUUAAAAUUUCAAGCACAGGUGUUGAACAGCUUUAAUGUAUCACCCCGUAGCUGUUUCUGAAAGCAGUCUGAUCCUGAUCUUCUCCUGGCAAAGCCAGCAGUAGUUCUGCCAAGAUCACAGGGGUUCACAGCUGAAAAGCCUGAUGUGGGAGCGAGGAGGUGUGCCAUGUAUGACUAGAUAACUCUUCCAUGACUGUUCUUUCUGGCAGUUCAGUUGAGGUCCAUACUCUGGCUCCUCUCUUAAACAGGAGAAUGGAAUCUCAAAGGAGAGGCAUCAGCUCCCAGUGUUCGACUGAAUUACUGUCUACCUUUGGAAAAGAUACAGAGAAACUCCGGGGGCUGCAUUCUUCACUGGAGUGAGGUACAGUUACAUCGACAUGCUUUAGCAUGAGAAUGAAAUCCUAAAUUGUACACCAACUGGCACCAGGAUAAAAUGACCAAACACACUUUGUCCCAGUUUCUGGGUAGCAGUGAUUGAUUUUCACUGAGAUUGUGGCUUCCAAAUUGUCUAAAGAUCUAGAUAGGCGCAAUCUGAGGUUUUCUAGGAGGUGAAGGUGUCCGAUCUCACUUGCCAUCAGCGGAGCUAUAGACACCCAAGUGCUCCUGGGAACCUUCCCUGUUUCACUGUUAACUGUUAUUACCAGUUUUUCUUGACUCUGUCCCUCAGCAUUCUUUAAAGCUCUCCCAUGCUCUGGGAUCAGAAUAAAUUUAUUGGGAGAAUGCAUUUCCACUUUAAGAUGCAAUGCAACUUACUUCACUCCAUGGAGAAUGCAAACCCAGCUCCUUCAGGUACGUCACUGCUGCCUGAAUAGCUCAUUGGCAUAUUUUACAGGAAAUACCUUGAAAUGUUUUCUUGACUUUGCCACCAAAAGGGCAUUUGAACCAUGCAUCCUCUUGAUUGUAACAGAGUAUCAGUGUUGACCGUUUGACCAGUUAAGUUUUAGUAGUGUUCUUCACAGCCCUCCAGUAAUAUAUCAAACACUGUUAUGCACAUAAUGCAGCACUGUGAUCUAAUUUAAAUAAUACUUUUUUAUUAUUUAUACUACUAUAUGUAAUAUACAUCAACACUUUGCUAUAUAACCUAAGUGAUAACCCUCUUCUUAGUUAACUGCCAAACUUCGAAUUUGUUUGGUUUAUAUUGCAGUUAGCACAGUUACCAAGUUGUAAUGAUGUCUCUUUUCCUCUGAAAUGGGAUGUGUAAGUCAAACUAUACAUUUUGUGUGUUUCUGUUUUGAGCUGGAGUUUAUAAGGAUUUACACACAACAUUCAGUGUUCUGUAUAAAUCUGCAUACAUUUGUGAAUUCAUCCGUUAAUCCCCUUUUAUUUAGAAAGUAUUAAUUGAUGGUGGUUUAUUAGGGGGUUUUUUGCAUUUUUAUUUUUAGUACUGGUUAUUCUUGAAUUAAGCAAAGACUUGUCAGCUGGGUUGCUUUACCUUUGAUUGUGUACAUGACCUUAUAAUUCUUCCACAGUUCAGCAAACAAGUACUAGCUUCACUGACCAAAAAAAGUCUCAACCUAAUGUGUCUAUGGUGCUGUAUUUUGCUGGUGUACAUUUAAAGCCAGAACUGAUUUAAAGGUCACUGUUGAGUUGUUCUAAAAAGUAGCCUUUCCUGGUUUUGGGAGUUUGGGUUUUGUUUUAGCAUUGAAACAAAGUAUAUUUAUCUAAAGCUAUAUAAUGUUUUUUUCUACUGUAUCACAUUUCCUUUUGCAAAGAGGGGGAAAUCAACCUGGUGUAACAUCCUUUCCCAGUUGAUGGAAGGGAGUUUUGUUUCACUUCUUUAUUUUCAGUGGAUUUCAUUGGGCCUUGGAUCUGCCCAGCAGUGAUGAGAGUUCAUCAUCUGAGGGCUUAAGGGAUAAGGGACAACUCAUGCUGGCCCUCAGUGCUAGAAGAGAUUUUACUGGAUGCUGUAAUUCCAUGCUGGAUUCUAGGAUGGCUGAUCAUCUAGAGAUGGGAAUCUUUUUCAUUUGUUUUUUGUGGCCUGAAAUCCCGAGACUUUUCUUUUUUCAUUCAGAUGACAUUGAACUUGAGUACAUCUUUCAGUUCCUAGAGCAUUGUACAUUUCCUGAGUACAUGUGUGGGACAGCAAUUGAAAGUCAUACCUGUAUCUGAUAACCAGUUCCCGUGCCUGCAUCAUUCACACUCACUACUUAAAACUGCCAUGAUGUAAAAUGUCGGGGGGAAUGAUUUGUGUGUGUAUGAAAAGCAUUAUGGACUUGUACAUUUUUUUUUAUACUCUGAUCUGUAAUUUCUGAAAUAUUUUGUUUUACAGAAAAAAAAGUGAUAAAGCAAUCAAAAGACCAAGAGAUUUAGUAUCAAUGCUUGAGGGUCACAGGACCUUAACUGGCCAAUAAGUUAAUUUAGUACAGAGAUACGCCAAUUUUUUUCCUGUACUUGGUAUCUGAAACUGCCAACUUCAUCAAUAUUAAAACACGAACUGUGGUGGGGAAUGAACAGUGAUGUUAAGUUGUAUUUGUGUUUACCUAAAUGAGCAGUCCGAAGGCAAGUGCAAUCAGCUGAUCUUUAGGAAAAAUGAAAAUGUUGAUUUAGAGGCAUACUUGCAUUUUACAUUUUCUUGAUGUGUAAUCAUAUUGCCAAAGACAAACUAUUUCAUCAAUUAUUAUUGUAAAUAACACUUUCCCGAAACCUACCAUAAAGUUUCUGUGAUGUAUUGUCUUCCAGUUGCAAUAAAAAUUACUGAGUUGCAUCAAUUGAACAA